AAAUACAAAGCUCACUGGCGAACCCUCCGUUAUCCCCUUGGCUUCCCUCCCCCCGCUCGCUCGCAAGGCUCACUAGCUCUCUCGUCUCCCCGCCGCCGCCAUGGUCGCGCUCGCCUCCCUCUCGUCUCUAUGCCCCUGCGGCCUCGCUCGCCGACGUUCCGCCUCCGCCUCCGCCUCCACCUCUACCUCCAUCUCAUGCUGCGCGGUCGCAACUCCUCCCUCCGGCAAAGGGUCUCACGAAUCUAGAAUACCCCGUAGAAGGUUUAGGAGAACCGAGGGUGCCACUAAGAGCAUGGAAGAUUCAGUCAAGCGAAAGUUGGAGCAGUUUUACGAAGGGUUGGAUGGUCCGCCCCUCCGAGUCCUCCCGAUAGGUGGUCUUGGGGAAAUCGGCAUGAACUGCAUGCUCGUGGGGAACUAUGACCGCUAUAUUCUGAUUGAUGCAGGGGUUAUGUUUCCAGACUAUGAUGAAUUUGGGGUGCAAAAGAUUAUCCCAGACACAACAUUUAUCAAGAAAUGGAGCCACAAAAUUGAAGCAGUUAUUAUAACACAUGGCCAUGAAGAUCACAUUGGUGCGUUGCCUUGGGUUAUCCCAGCACUUGAUUCGAACACACCGAUUUUUGCAUCGUCUUUUACUAUGGAGCUCAUAAAGAAGCGCUUGAAGGAGUUUGGGAUUUUCCUCUCAUCCAGGCUUAAGAGUUUUAGAGUUAGAAAUAGAUUUCAGGCUGGACCAUUUGAAGUGGAACCUAUCCGUGUAACUCAUUCAAUUCCGGACUGCUGUGGCCUAGUGCUUCGCUGUGGUGAUGGUACAAUUUUCCAUACCGGUGACUGGAAAAUCGAUGAAUCACCAGUAGAUGGAAAAAUAUUUGAUCGAGAAGCAUUGGAGGAGCUCUCCAAAGAAGGCGUUACUCUGAUGAUGAGCGACUCAACGAAUAUCCUAUCCCCUGGAAGAUCCACCAGCGAAUCUGUUGUUGCUAGUUCGUUGUUGCGUCAUAUUUCAGAAGCAAAAGGAAGAGUAAUUACAACACAAUUUGCUUCAAAUAUACAUCGUAUUGGGAGCAUCAAAGCUGCUGCAGACUUAACUGGUCGAAGACUGGCAUUUGUUGGAAUGUCACUCAGGACAUACCUUGAGGCUGCUUUCAGGGAUGGAAAGGCACCGCUAGAUCCAUCAACCUUGGUUAAGGCAGAGGACAUGGAUGCAUAUGACCCUAAAAGUCUUUUAGUCGUUACUACAGGUUCACAAGCAGAGCCACGUGCAGCUCUGAAUCUUGCUUCUUAUGGGGGAAGUCAUGCUCUUAAACUAUCCAAAGAGGACGUCCUUUUGUAUUCAGCUAAGGUUAUUCCUGGAAAUGAGUCUCGGGUAAUGAAAAUGUUAAAUCGCCUGACUGAUCUUGGCCCAAAAAUUAUUAUGGGUAAAGACUCUGGCCUCCAUACCUCUGGGCAUGCCUAUCAUGAUGAGCUGGAAGAAGUUCUACAAAUCGUUAAACCGCAGCAUUUCUUGCCUGUUCAUGGGGAACUCCUGUUUCUCAAAGAACAUGAAUUGCUUGGAAGAUCAACUGGCAUACGACAUACUACUGUAAUUAAAAAUGGGGAGAUGCUCGGUGUGUCUCAUCUAAGAAACAGAAAGGUUUUGUCCAAUGGGUUUGUUGCAUUAGGAAAGCAAGAAUUUAAGCUAAUGUAUAGUGAUGGCGAUAAGGCUUUUGGAACGUCCACUGAUCUCUGCAUUGAUGAGAGAUUAAGAAUUGCAUCUGAUGGCAUUAUUUUCGUCAGCAUGGAGAUCUUCCGACCUCAGAAGGAACUUGCUUCACCACAGUCAGGCUUGAAAGGGAAAUUUAAAAUAACAACACGGUGUCUAUGGCUUGAUAAUGGAAGACUACUCGAUGCACUUUACAAGGCUGCACAUGCUGCACUAUCAAGUUGUCCUUUGAAUUGCCCACUUAGUCACAUGGAGAGGAUGGUAUCUGAAAUCUUAAGGAAAAUGGUAAGGAAGUACAGUGGGAAGAGGCCUGACGUCAUUGUGGUUGCUUCCGAGAACACCACGAUAGGUUUCACAGAAGAGGUAACAAAUAAAUCACCCGGGAAGUUUGGGCCUUUCUCAGCUACUAGGCAUCUUAGCAGGAGUCCAGAUAGGAGUCUUGAAGAUAGUGAUAAAACACGGCUAGAUAACCCGGAGGGGGAAGCUGCAGAUAGCACUCCUGAGGUCAUGAGAACAACAUCUGACGAUGUAACCACUAGCACCAAUGGUGAAUCAUUCUUCUCUUCAGAUUUGCAUCAGCCUAAAGCACUGGAUCAUUUUUGGGAGUCAUUCAAAUCCCCUACUGCAGUAAAAAUCGCAAGAAUUGUCAAUGCCUCAGCUCAAGGGAACAAACCAAAGCUCGGCAAGAUCAGCAUAAUUGAUAAGGACUCCAGCAUGUCGGUUCCUGCUCCAGCUAAAUCUCCGAGAAAAAACAAGUGGAAGCCUGAGGAAAUUAAGAGCUUAAUACAGCUGCGUGGUGAAAUGAAUGAGAAAUUCCAAACAGUGAAAGGAAGGAUGGUUCUGUGGGAAGAGAUAUCUGCCAGCAUGUUGAACCAGGGGAUAACUCGUACACCGGCGCAGUGCAAAUCUCUCUGGACAUCAUUGGUUCAAAAAUAUGAGGAGAGCAAGAAGGAUGGAGAAGGCAUGAAGACAUGGCCGUAUUUCUCCGCUAUGGAUAGUUUUCUGUCAUGCGAAGGGGAAAUGGCAACCAAAUGAAACACAGUUCCGUAGCAGUUGGGAGGUCAGGAUAUUGUAGCGUAGCUCGUGAAUAAGCCUCUCCAUGAAGUAAAUCGGUAUUACACCAUUCUUUGCAAUUGCAUCAGGAUGAGACGCCUGUAGUAGUUAAGACAUAGUACUACUAGGUUUACCAAUCCACCAUGGGUUUAUUAGCUUGUGUGAGCAGAAACUAGAUUUAGUAAUUGCUUAGUCAAAUCUGUUGGAACAUUGUUUUCUGUGUAACUAACAAGGCCUUUAACUAGUAACUCUCAGAACAAGAGUGAACUUAAA